UGGCCAGUGGCCACCCCCGCAGCCUGGUCACACUGAUUAGAUGUUUCUUUUUGCAACUUUUGCAAGUCCAGAAAAAAGAAAACAAAAAGAAAAAGAGGAAGUUAACUGCUGCCGCCGGUGCUGAGGUGUUGAAAUCGAACUAAUAUCGCCCGCUGCUGCUUGGAAAAUAGCCGCACAGCCCCAUUGUCAAGCCGACCGAAGCGAAACGAAAACAUCAACAUGGCACUGAAGAAAGUGAAGGGCAACUUUUUCGAGCGUAUGUUUGAUAAAAACCUAACAGAUUUGGUGCGCGGCAUCAGGAACAACAAGGAUAAUGAGGCCAAAUACAUAUCGACGUGCAUCGAGGAAAUCAAACAGGAGCUGCGACAGGACAAUAUCAGUGUCAAGUGCAAUGCGGUGGCCAAGCUCACCUACAUACAAAUGCUGGGCUAUGACAUCUCCUGGGCGGGAUUCAACAUCAUCGAGGUGAUGAGCUCCUCACGUUUCACCUGCAAACGAAUCGGCUAUCUGGCGGCCAGCCAGUGCUUUCAUCCAGACAGCGAGCUUCUUAUGCUUACCACGAAUAUGAUACGCAAGGAUCUCAACUCGCAGAACCAGUACGAUGCUGGAGUGGCGCUCAGUGGGCUAAGCUGCUUUAUAUCACCCGAUCUCUCCCGCGAUUUGGCCAACGAUAUUAUGACCUUGAUGAGCUCAACGAAACCGUAUCUGCGCAUGAAAGCCGUCCUUAUGAUGUAUAAAGUAUUUUUACGCUAUCCCGAGGCAUUGCGACCUGCAUUUCCCAAACUCAAAGAGAAACUGGAAGAUCCAGAUCCAGGCGUCCAAUCAGCUGCCGUGAAUGUUAUUUGUGAAUUAGCACGUAAGAACCCAAAAAACUACCUGCCCCUGGCGCCGAUCUUCUUCAAACUGAUGACCACAUCGACGAACAACUGGAUGCUGAUCAAGAUAAUCAAGCUGUUUGGCGCUUUAACUCCCUUAGAACCCCGGCUAGGAAAGAAAUUAAUAGAACCACUCACAAAUCUAAUUCAUAGCACCUCGGCGAUGAGUCUCCUGUACGAGUGCAUCAACACGGUGAUCGCUGUCCUCAUCAGCAUCAGCAGCGGCAUGCCGAACCACAGUGCCUCCAUCCAGCUCUGCGUCCAGAAGCUGCGCAUCCUCAUCGAGGACUCCGACCAAAAUCUUAAAUAUUUGGGACUUCUGGCCAUGUCCAAGAUCCUCAAGACUCAUCCGAAGAGCGUGCAGGCCCACAAGGACUUGAUUCUGGCCUGCCUGGACGACAAGGAUGAGUCGAUCAGACUGCGUGCUUUGGAUCUCCUUUACGGCAUGGUCUCGAAGAAGAACCUAAUGGAGAUUGUGAAGCGUCUACUGGGCCACAUGGAGCGGGCCGAGGGCUCCGCCUACCGGGACGAACUGCUCUACAAGGUCAUUGAGAUCUGUGCCCAGAGCUCCUACCUGUAUGUGACCAAUUUCGAGUGGUAUCUGACGGUGCUGGUGGAGCUGAUCCAGCUGGAAGCUGGCUCGCGACAUGGCCGGCUCAUUGCCGAGCAGCUGCUGGACGUGGCCAUUCGGGUGCCGGUGGUGCGGCAGUUCGCCGUUAAUGAGAUGACCAAUCUGCUGGACACGUUCACCGUCUCGGCGCAAAGUAACUCCAUGUACGAGGUGCUGUACGCCGCCGCCUGGAUUGUCGGCGAGUUUUCCGGCGAGCUGGAGGAUGCCGAGAAGACGUUGAAUAUCCUGCUGCGACCGCGACAACUUCCCGGCCACAUCCAGGGCGUUUACGUGCAGAACGUGAUCAAGCUAUUCGCCCGCCUGGCCACCACGUGUCUAGAGCUGCAGGAUCUGGCAGGAUUAAUAAGAGUAAGGGGAAUAUUUUUUCAGUUUUUAAAAAUAUAACAACUCCUCUUGACUUUACAGCUUUGCGACCAUGUCCUGGACAAGCUGCAGCACUUCAACGGCUCCAGCGAUAUAGAAGUCCAGGAGAGGGCCAACUCCGCCUGCAUGCUGAUCGAAAUGCUGCGCACUCAGCUGGCAACGUCGGAGAAUGCCAUGGACACGACAACGACGGAGAGUGGCAUUCCCCCGCUGGCCAUUGAGAUCGUCCAGGAGAUGACGCUCCUGUUUGCGGGCGAACUGAUUCCGGUGGCGCCCAAGGCGCAACGGAAGGUGCCCCUGCCCGAUGGCCUCGACUUGGACGAGUGGAUCAAUGCCCCGCCACCAGAGGAUGUGGCCAGUAGCUCAUCCUCGGACCAUGACAAAGACGAGCUCUUCGUCAGCUCCUCCCAGGGUGGAUCCGGUUUGGGGGAUGGCGGUGGCGGCGGAAAUGGUAGCGGGGCAAAGCGUCGCCAAAGUCUGGAGCUGACGCCCGAGCAGCUGGAACGGCAGCGAACGGCCCGCCUCAUGGAGCAGUCCAACAAUCCCCACUACCUCAAGUCCACGCCUUCGGCGACCAGUACGUCCGCGAAUGCCGAUCAGUAUGACAAUAUCGAUGAUAUACCAAUCACGGAACUGCCGCUGGACAUGGAGGGAGUGGCCGCCUUAAGAGUGGGCAUCACCAAGCGAUCGGAUAAAUACCUGCAGGAACAGCAGGCCGCUUCCAGUGGCAAGGACGGCAAGAAGAAACAUAAAAAGGGCAAAAAGAGCAAAAAGGCCAAGAACAAGGUGGCCUACAACAGCAGUUCCGAGUCCGAAGGAGAGCCGAAACCCUUGCACAUUGUUAACACCACAUUGGACAUGCCGGAGGGCGUCUCACUCUCGGAUAGCGAGGACAAGGAUGGCAAGUACGAUCCCAAUGAUCCCCAUCGGGCGCUGGACAUCGAACUGGACAUAACGGACUUUGAGCCACAAGCCUCGAAGUCCACGUCGAAGAAGUCGUCGUCCGGGAAAGAGAAUCUCAAGGUGCCAGCGGACUCGGCCGCCAGCAGUAGCACCUCCAAGAAGGACCGUAAAAAGGACAAGGAUCGGGAGGGGAAGCGAGAGCAUAAGGAGAGCAAGCGGGAACGAAAAUCGACUGCCGCUGCUGCUGCUGCUGUUGCCUCCCAGCCGGUGAUCGAUCUCAUUGAUGCCGACACGCCCACUCCAAGCCCCAGCCAUAUUGCCGCCCCCACCACGAGCAACGAGAACAACAACACUGCGAAUGUCCUGCCCGAUGGCGGCAAGCAUCACAAGAAGAAGAAGAACAAGGAUAAGUCCCGGGAGGCGAUCAUCGAUGUGACCGCCCAGGAGGAGGAUAAUGAGCCGGCGGCGGCGGGGCAGGCGGGACAGGCGGGCGAGCCGGCGGCGUCCAAGUCGCACAAGAAGAAGCAUAAAAAGGACAAGUCGCAGCGCAAGGAGAAGAAGGCUUCCGCAUCAGCAACCGCAUCCGUAUCAGAAUACGAACAGCCACUGGGAAUCUCAACGCCCAGCAAAGAGAUUUGCCCCCAGAUCGGCAUCCCGGCCCUUCAUCAGAUAACUGUUGAUGGCUAUCUGGCUGAGGACUCGCACGCCCUUCUUCAGCAGAUAGGCCAGAUCCUGGGGCGAGAGCGGAGCCUUCUUCACGUCCACGAAGCAGUGGGUGGCGGUGGCGGCAAUGGGAUCCGCCGAAAAGGGCGACUUGGGCUCCAGGAUGACGGCUCCGCCGGCGACCAGGACAUUCCGGAUGGCCGCUCCGCUGCGCUGCAUACUGAGGAUGGCCCGGUGGCCGGAGAAGGCACCUCCGCCCCGGCUGCUCAGCUCCGAGCGCCAGCGAUGCACUGCAGCCGCAAUGGGCUGCUCCUCCGGCGGCAGGACGGGCAGGUUGAGGGCCUUCGGGUUGCCCCACUCGAACAGGGUCUCGUCCAGGAAGUGCCCGCGGGCAUGGCACUGAUCCACGUACUGGAUGCUGAGGAUCCACUUGCCGGCGGCCAUGCAGCCGAGCAUCUUCUCGCCCCGAUCCUGGCUAUCAGCUCCGCUCGCUUGUCGCCAUCAUCGCCGCACGAGAUGCUGAAGCAGGGAGUGCCCCGGUGCUGCAUCCUGGGAGAGCCGCCGGAGGAGCGCCUCUUGGCGGCAUUGAACUCGGCGGGAUCCCGCCAACUCACCAUGUCCUCGGUGCCCAUGGCGAAGCCUUCGGACUCGAACGGCUGGACAUACUGCACCUCGCUCUCGGGGCACUCCAUGUCGCUGUCAUCCGUGUUCAUGGCCGGCGGGGCGGUCUCCUCGAAGCUGAUCUUGUCAAAGUUGAUGGUGCUCUGGCCGGCAGUUUCCUCCUCCGUCGCUACAUCCGACCGUCUCGGCAGUUUCGAUGGCUCCUCCGGCUUCCGGGCCAGUCCGGGACUAUCCUGGGUGGGCGGUAUGAAGGACGAACGCCUUGGAUUGGCGUCUACCGAAGCUCGGGGGGAUCUGCUGGCCAGGGACAGUCUGGGAGUGGUGGAACUCUUGCUCGAAAGUGAUAGCUUGGGUGUGGCGGAGCUGCCGCUGCUGGCCACCGGCAGCUUGGGCGUCGGCGGUGACCUUUCGAAGACGAGCUUCGUAAUGCGCAUCACCCGCUGCCUGAUCACCGCCAGCGGUGUGUCCGGCUUGAUCUUCUGCGUCGGCAGUCGCCACCGUCGCUCAAAGUCGUCCGCCAUCCGCUGCUGGAACUCCGGCGUCAGGCAGAAGUCGGGAAUGCCGGAAGCGGGUCGCGAAUGCCGCCGGCUGACUGGAGUGCAGGCCUGCCGCCGGAUGCGCUCCAGCUCGGGGUUCUGGGCGCCCACCUGGCUGAGGGGCGUGCACGGUGAGUCUGGCGAGGAUGUGGAGCUGCUGCUGCGACGACGGGCACUGCCACCAGGAAUGCCCGCCAGCUCGGAGACUCUCCGAUUGCGCAAAGGAGUCAGUUCCGGAGCUGCUGCUGGAGGAUUGGACGCUGCCACCGGCUGGACAUCCAUCUCCGGCUGGUUCUCCUCCUCCUCCAUGGGCACUGGCGGCGGUGGCAGCGGAGUAGUCGCCUCUGGACGCCUCGGAGUAAGGCAGCUUCUGGCCGGAGCGGGCGCACUGCACCAGCCACUCGGAUGUGACCACCGGAUAGUUCCACUUGAUGGCGCCCUCAUACUUGGAGCCCUCGGCGCUUGGGCAGAUCAGCAGGGGCUUCUCCUUCUUGAUGAACGUCUUGUUGACGGAGGCGCCCAGCAGCUCCGACACCGAGUUGAUGAAGUCCCUCUCCAGACCGGCAUAAAUGGACACCACAAUCGUCAUGCCCUCCAGCGGCUGCUUCAAGGCGGCGGCGGGCACCGGCUUGUGCUCGGUGGCCACGAAGUUCGACUUGACCGGCAACUCCUUCUCGUCGAACGGCACCUCGAAGCUGACGAUGGCAAAGUCCACCUGGUCGACGUAGCUGGGCGGCACCAGGAUGCCCUGGGCGGCCUCCACCUCGACCAGCAACUGGUUGUAGAACUCCGAGUUGAAGCACUCCUUGUGGACGUAGACGGUCAGGCCGGCGAAGUAGUCCAGCUUCUCGACGCUUAUGUCCACUGGCGGCAACUGAGCCACUGCACCCUGAUCCUGCGAAUACUGGCCCAGCAGCUGGUUGUCCUGCUCCUGGUCCUCCUGUUCCUGCUGCUGCUGUUGCUCCUGUUCGAACAGCUUCUUCUUGAUGGGCAGCUGCGGCUGCUUGAAGCUGUGGUUCAUGGAGCGAAGGGUCCUCUUGCUGGCCGGGGAGGCCACGUCGGGUUCUCCAGUGGUCGGAAGGGAGACGCGGUAGGUGAGCUCACUGACCACCUUGCCGCUGCGGAUGCUCUCCAGCAGCCAGUCCAGCCGCACCACGUGCACCGAGCCCAUAAGGCCGUCGCGCUGCCACUGCCUGUACUCGGCGUCGUCCAACUGGCCGACUAUGAUGUGGGACACUCCCUCGUUGGCCUCGUCGUAGCGCGUGGCGCCGCCAGUGUUCAGAAUGCGAUUGAGCUUCUCCCGCUCCUCGGCCCGGAAGCCACUCAAAUAGACACAGCAGCCGUCCAGGAAAGCGCCCGAUUUCUUUGCCUGCCUGGGAUCGAUCUCCGCCAGCACUUGCUGGUAGUUUCUGGCCUGGAAUGUGGCCUGCUUCAGCAGAUCCUUGGCUGGGGAGCUGCUGCCCAGGCUGCUCAGGGACUCAUUAACGGUGGUGAGAUCGCUGCACAUGCGACGGGAGCCGGAAACGAAGCUAAUCCUAGAGAGAUCCGAGAGCUGAGUGUGGUCGGCACUGGGAGCCAUAGAUCUGGCGUAGCCGCGGUUGCUGCUGUCGAAGAUCCACUCCGGCAGCAGGACAUCCUUCUUGUAACGGAUGGCCGCCUUGUACUUCUCCGUGUCCGUUUUGGAUUGCUCGGUUAUGACGAUGUCCACCACCUGGGAGCGAAAGGCUCGAUGGUAGAUGCCGCCGUUCUCCUGGACCAACUUCAUCACCUGAUCCUUGCGUGCCACGUCCAGGCCGCUGCAUGUGAUGUUUACCCCGAAGAAUACGGGCAGUCGGUACUUGUCGAACUCCGGAUCAGUGGCACGGAUGCUUUCGCGCUGCUGCCGGCGGCUCAGAUCCCAGACCGUGGCCUGCUCGUACUUGUGCGACUUGAUGGUGUUGGAAAUGAGGUGGGUGGUGCGGUGGCCGAAGUUCUGGAAGUAAACUCCGCCCAUCCACUGGAUCAGGUUGCUGAGCUCCUCCUUCUUGUCGGGAGGUAUGCCGGUGGCGGAUAUCUGCAGGUCGCGCAUGGCUGUGGUGUAGAUGGCGCUGCUGCCCAGGGGAAUGGGCUGCUCCUGCCGGAGGCAUGCCAGCAGGCACGGUGGCCCCAGAAUCAGAGCUUUUGUUUUCUUCAGCUGCUCGAAGAAGUCGCCCUCGAAGUGGGCCAAAAUGAAGACAUCCUUCUUGGAGAGGUUGCCGGCCGCUAUCAGGGGAUAGCCCUCGCUGGGCUUUAUCUGCCGGAUCUGGGACCCACCACUCGUUAUCGCAAAAGGAAAGCAAAAGAGAAUAAAGAAAAGAAAACCAAGUGGGAAAGAAGGGAAAAUAGUUUGGAAAACAAAAAAGGGGAGCUCUCAGUGAACCGUAAUCCGUUGCCCGGAAUGGGAAACUUUGUGAGCAGGCAGAACGCGGCGGUGGAGGAGGCGGACCCGAGUGCCAACCAUGCCUACAAAUAUCCACCGCGGAUGGGGAACUUCUUCGGGAGUCACUUCAUCAUGGGCGGUGAGCGAUUCGACACGCCCCAACCGGAGUCGUAUCUGUUUGGCGAGAAUGCGGAUCUGAAUUUCCUUGGGAACCGACCCACCGCCUUCCCUUACCCCCCGCCCCAGGCCAACGAACCCACGAAGACCUUGAAGAGCCUGGUGAACAUCCGGAAGGAGUCCGUACGCUUUGUACGCAUUCCCAACGACAAGAAGAUCAAUCUCCAGGAGAAGCCCAGGCGGAAGGAUGUAGAGAAGGAAAAGGAGAAAGAAAAAGAGAAGGAGAAAGAGAAGGAAAAGGAGAAGGAGAAGGAAAAGGAGAAAGAUAAGGAGAAGGACAAGGAUAAGGACAAGACGAAUGUAACCAUCGAGGAUGUGGACGGCAAUGUCCUGUGCUCCAUGAACCUAAGCAGUGACAGCGAGCCGGCAGCUCCCCCGCCACCCAGCACCUACAAUAUUGAAUUCACCUUCGACUCGGACGCCAAGUGCGCCAUCACCAUCUACUACUUCUGCUCCGAGGACGUGAGUCCCAGCGGUGUGACCCUGGUGCCCCGCGAGGGCCUCACCUCCGAGACGUAUCACUACGAGAAGGGCAUAAAUCAGUGCUUCUCACAGCCGGGACACAUCUUCAAUCCCCAGCAGAUGCCGGAGGACGAGCUCGGCUAUAGUCCCGGCCGGGAGCAGUAUCCCGUGGCCAUUCAUUGUGUCGUGGAGGAGGGCAGCGAUGAGUGCCGGCAGUCGCACACCACCAUCUGUGUGAUUGACCAUCAUCCGGAAAGCGGCAGCUACUCGCUGCGCGCCCUCAAGCAGAAGAUCUUUGUGGAUGGCUUGUGCUACCUGCUGCAGGAGAUCUACGGCAUCGAGAACAAGGCCGUCAACAAGAACUCGAUGGACGAGGAGAUCGACGACCAUGGCAGCGAGUGCGUCAUCUGCAUGAGCGAGACCCGGGACACCCUGAUACUGCCCUGUCGGCAUCUCUGUCUGUGCAACUCCUGUGCUGACUCGCUCCGCUACCAGGCCAACAACUGCCCCAUCUGCCGGGCACCGUUCCGGGCCCUCCUGCAGAUCCGUGCGGUGCAGAAAGGCAUCAGUACGCACGUGCUGCACCAGAACACACCCACUUCAACAGGCGGUGAGCCAGCUCCAGUGGAUGUGCCUCCCGGCUAUGUGCCCGUGUCGCUCAUCGAGGCGCUGAAUGGACCGCCACAAUACGUGGCCAGAGCCAGGGCCAGCGAACUGGACACCGUUGACUCCGCCACUGUGGCCGCCUCCACGAUGACCAGCAGCGACAUCAAGGCCACCUCGCCCAUCAAGUCCAGCAGCCAGCGACGACCGAAAAUCAAAAAGAAUGCCUCCACCUGCACCUCGACCAGUGAGGUGGGCACCAUUACCAAUCAGUCUGGUGGAGAAGCAGGUAAUGGUAAUGGAAACUCUGCUCUCUCCGUUGUGGAGAUCGAGAGCGAUCCGAAAAAGUCGACGGCCGGAACGUGCACGUCACCCACUUUGGGAGCACCCACAUCGCCGGAGGCCAUGCAGGACAAGCUGCAGAUUGUGAACGAGCGAAAGUAUUCCAGGUCUCAGGCCGGAUCCGGAGGCGAUGGAUCCGCUGGCACCGACGACGACGUGGACAGCGAGAACGAGAAGCUGUCGCCGCUGCUCUCGCCAGGUAGCAAGAGCAAGAACAUGUCCAGCAAGUCCCUGAAGCAGGUGGUGGCCUGCCUGGAUGCAGAUGAUGGCGAAAAAGGUGGAGCCGGCGAUGGCCUGGUGGAGGAAACAACCUCCAAGAAAGGCUCCUCGCUGAAGCGCAACAAACCGAGGCCGGAACUCAGCGGCGGAGGCGGUGGUGGUUCGUCCAACGAACCGACCGCAGAAGAUUCGGACUAUUAUACGCCCGAAGAUACUCAGAACUCCAUACUCAGUCCACUGUGCCCCGCUGAGCGGGCCAAGAGUGGCGAUCCGUUGGGUGCCGGACUAACCACCACUGGACUUGGCUCGGGCAGGAGUGUCGCUGUGGUGGGUGGAUCCACCGGUACAGGAGGCACCGGGGUCGUUGUGGGCUUCAGCAGCGCCAUGAAGAAGAACCUGCACAAGAAGUCCACCUCUGUGGGCAAUAUGUUGGGCUCCGGAUCCGGUUCUGUGGCCACAGUUGUGGAUCUCAAAUCCAACAAUGUUAGCUCCUUGCCAGAUAUGUUGGACAGCCCGAUUAGUGGAAACUCGGCCUCCACCCGCAGCUCCAGCGACAGCUACUCCUCCAGCUCCUCCACCAAGCAGCUGCUCAGCUCCAAUCCGACCACCACGGCGGCCAACAUAAUCGUGGAUGACAAGACGGCACUCCAGAACGCCGUCAAUGUGUAAACUCCAGACGGUAGCCGGAGUCGGUGUCCAUUGAAUUUCGUUUCGUUUCGUCGUCGGUGUUUUUUUUUUCAAUCGUUUUAUCGUUUUAGCCUUGCGUGUACUCUAUUUAUUCGUAGUUUUCGUAGCUUUAGUUAAAUCAAUGCUGCUUCCCCGCCCGCAGGAACAAAUACAAGUUCGUUCAAGACGUUAUAAGGAUGAUUAGGAUCCAGGAUCGGGAGUAGGAUCUGGAGGAUCUGGAGGAUCAGGAGGAGGAGGAGUCGACCAGGACAUAACACUUAACCAGUAUAUAUACACACUGUAACACAGUAACUGAAAGAGAUCCAGAUCCAGACACACACACGUCUCGCAUGCAUGUGUACGUAGUUUAAUCUAGCAUAAUGGCUUGGGUAUAUAACGAAUAAAAUAAAUUAAUUCAA